AAAUUAAAGUCAAUAAUAUCACAAUGAUUUCUUCAAAUGAAUAUGGGGCCAGCUCUUGGGAGCUCAUCGUCUUAGUUGAUCACCAGUACGAAGAAGAGCAAAGAGAAUUUACACUUCGGGUCUCAGGAGAUCUUCAUAUUGGUGGAGUGAUGCUCAAAUUAGUAGAACAAAUGAAUUUAUCACAGGAUUGGUCAGACUAUGCUCUCUGGUGGGAACAAAAAAAAUGCUGGCUUCUGAAAACCCAUUGGACUCUUGAUAAGUACGGGGUGCAGGCAGAUGCUAAGCUGCUGUUUACUAACCAGCACAAAAUGCUGCGCCUUCGCUUGCCAAACAUGAAGACCGUGAGGCUAAAAGCAAGCUUCUCUUCUGUGGUGUUCAAGGCUGUCAGUGACAUCUGCAAGACCCUUAAUAUUAGACGAUCAGAAGAACUCUCCUUAUUGAAGCAGUCAGAAGACACUUUGAAAAAGAAAAAGAAAAAGGACAAAAACAGUAAGGAACCAGUCAUAGAAGAUAUUUUAAACUUGACCAACUCUCCAGUGAAUUCAGGAUCUCCAGCAAGUCCUGGCUUAUACAGUAAAACCAUGACUCCCAUUUAUGACCCUGUCAAUGGAACACCAGCUUCUGCUACAAUUACAUGGUUCAGUGACAGCCCCCUGACUGAGCAGAACUGCAGCAUCCUUGCCUUCAGCCCUCCCAAUUGUCCUCCAGAAGUGCUAGCUGAAAUGUACCAGCCACGGACCUUAGCUGACAAAGCCAAACUCAGUGCAGGCUGGCUAGAUUCAUCCCGGUCACUGAUGGAACAAGGCAUCCAGGAAGAUGAUCAGCUUUUCCUACGCUUUAAAUACUACACUUUCUUUGAUUUGAAUCCAAAAUACGAUGCUGUACGAAUAAACCAACUCUAUGAACAAGCCCGGUGGGCCAUCCUAUUAGAAGAAAUUGACUGCACAGAGGAAGAAUUGUUGAUCUUUGCUGCAUUGCAGUACCAUGUAAGCAAGCUAUCCGUAUCAUCAGAGGCACAAGACUUCACACACGACUCAGAAGUAGAUGAAGUGGAAGCUGCACUUUCCAAUCUGGAAGUAACAUUGGAAGGUGGAAAAACAAACAGAAUUUUGGAGGACAUCACUGAUAUUCCAAAACUUGCAGAUCAUCUCAGACUAUUUAGGCCCAAGAAGCUGUCAUUAAAACCCUUCAAGCAAUAUUGGUUUGUCUUUAAAGACACAUCAAUAUCUUAUUUUAAAAGCAAAGAAGUGGGACAGGGAGAACCCAUUGAGAGGCUCAACCUAAAAGGAUGUGAAGUUGCCCCGGAUGUCAAUGUAGCAGGGAAAAAGUUUGGAAUUAAAUUAAUGAUUCCUGUUGCUGACGGCAUGAAUGAAAUAAAUCUGAGAUGUGAUAAUGAAAAUCAGUAUGCCCAGUGGAUGGCUGCUUGCAUCUUAGCCUCAAAAGGCAAAACAAUGGCUGACAGCUCCUACCAGCUUGAGGUCAAAAACAUCCUUUCAUUCCUCCAGAUGAAGAAUAGAACUAUGUCUCCCCAAGCAGUCUCCGAUCCAGAAAGCAUGGAGAUGAAGCCAGAAUGUUUUGUCUCGCCACGCUAUGCAAAAAAAUACAAAGCUAAGCAGUUGGCUGCCCGCAUUCUGGAAGCCCAUCAAAACGUGGCACAGAUGUCGCUGGUGGAAGCCAAGUUGCGCUUUAUUCAAGCAUGGCAGUCCCUCCCUGAGUUUGGCUUAACCUAUUAUAUUGUAAGGUUUAAAGGAAGCAAAAAGGAUGAUUUGCUGGGAGUUUCCUACAACAGGCUGAUACGGAUAGACAUGGCCACUGGGGAUCCCAUUACAACCUGGAGAUUCUCCAACAUGAAGCAAUGGAAUGUGAACUGGGAGAUACGCCAGGUUGCAAUCGAGUUUGAUCAAAACGUGUCUAUUGCCUUCACGUGCCUGAGUGCAGAUUGCAAGAUUGUCCAUGAAUACAUUGGGGGCUACAUCUUUCUGUCAACCCGCUCCAAAGACCAGAAUGAAAUGCUGGAUGAGGACUUAUUCCACAAAUUAACUGGAGGUCAGGAAUGAGGGGAAGUCAGCUAAGCUUUUUGGUGCUGGCAGAAAGGCAAGAAGAUAAAUACAGUUCUCUCUCUGAUACUGUUGCUUUUGCUGGCUGGUGGAACAACAUAUACAGUAUCCUUGUCCUGUCAUAAAACUGGAAUAUUUCCAGGGUGAUGUGUUAAAUAUUCAAACAGAGGUCAAUGAGGUGGAGUAAGGCAACUCUGUGACUGACAUCAAGGAAAUAAGACUUCCUUGUUUGCCUUUAUGCUCUUCAAAGAUUUCUCUCAAGGCUUUAUAGUUGAUGGUUCCCAGUCUAUCCAGUUAAUUUAGAAGACCUUUUAUUAGCAUCCUGAACAAGGAAUUUGAGGAGGGGAGGCCACGCACUUUCGUCUCUAUAGAUCUGUAACUCCCACUUAUUUUCCUCUGGCUAACAUAUCUCAGGUUUAAUAUACCUAAAACUGAAUAAAUUUGAAAUUUUUAUUAUUAGAACAAAAUACUACCUGUUGUGUGCAUAUUACAAUUCUCUCUAAGCUGCUUCACAUGUGGAAUUAUCAACCUGAGCAUCCAAUAAAGAUUCAGCCUGAAAACA